UGAAGUGUCGACAGAGAAAAUGCCUUGCUUGAACAUUUCGACGAACGUUGAUCUUGAUGGCGUCAAUACAUCUGCCAUCCUCUCUGAAGCCUCCUCUCAAGUAGCCAAAAUCAUCAAAAAACCCGAGUCUUAUGUGAUGAUUGUGUUGAAGGGCUCAGUUCCAAUGUCAUUUGGAGGAACCGAGCAGCCAGCAGCUUAUGGUGAACUGGUAUCUGUUGGUGGCCUUAACAGUGAUGUGAACAAGAAACUGAGUUCUGCAAUUGCAACAAUUCUUGAGUCAAAGCUGUCGGUUCCCAAGUCACGGUUCUUCCUCAAGUUUUUUGAUGCCAAGGGUUCACACUUUGGUUGGAAUGGUUCCACCUUCUAAAUCCGGCUUCUCGCUUGAGUUGCUAGCAACUUGACACCACGUCUUUGGUGCUCUGCGGUUGUAGAAAUCCAAGUAGGAUAUUUCUGUUUCUGUCUAGGGUUAUGGCAUGUAGAACGUGAAUGCGCGGUUGUAGAAAUCUAAGUAGGAUAUUUCUGUUUCUGUCUAGGGUUAUGGCAUGUAGAACGUGAAUGCUUUUAAACUGUGCUUCUUUUAUGGGAAAACUAUGUUUUGCUUGAAACCUAACAACCCUUUAGUCAUGAGUGGAUGUUCUUUGACAUGCUCAGGGUUGUGUUUUUAUACUUUGCAUCCUCUUAAGAUCUUAAACUCAGGCAUGGGAGUGUUCAAACCAUCUACAUAAAAGACACUCUAGU